AUGGAUGACCGGAUCUAUAAUGCAGUCCGUGCAAAUGUGCUAUCGACUAGCUCGCGCACGCAGCGAGUGAUUGCUUUGUCUUCAGGGGAGUCUGAACUGUUGGCAUCCGCUUCUGUGCUGAGCGAUGCAAUGCUUGUUCGUGAGUGCGUCAAGUUUGCGCUAGGGUUUGAUGAGAGCCCGCUGAUACAGCACCAUGUUGACAGCACUGCUGCCUUGGGUGCGCUUAGGCGCCAGGGCGUGGGGAAGAUCCGAUAUCUUUCCACCCGCAUUCUUUGGCAGCAGCUACUUGUCAAGCAGGGCAUUAUAAUUGCCAACAAGAUAUCCACGGACUACAAUGUAGCAGACAUUGGGACAAAGGGGCUGAGCCGUGCCCGCACAUUGUUCCUCAAGCAUCUGUUGCAUGUGUAUGAUGAGGCUGAGGCACGCUAUGUUGGUGAGGAUGAAAUGACUGCGCAAGUUGAGAAGGAUGCAAUGAAGGAAGCAGUGAGGCGUUUUCGUCAGGCCCACCAUGGAGGCAGAGUUCCGAAGCAGCAGCUUCGGCAAAUCAUGAUUGCCGCCUUGCUGUCCUUCCCUGCCGGUGCAGCCGCAACCGAAGUGAACUGUGCGAACGCCUUGAGCCUUCCCGUGCGCUAUGGCAGCUACAUCUUGAUGACCUUUAUCCUUUUGUGCACCAUGCUCCUGCAAGGAUGUCGCAGUGAGCAGCAGUGGGUUCAGGUUGUUAUUAGUGUAGAUUGGUCCGGGAUCCUAGUUGCACUGAUAGUCUUGGUUGGUCUUGAGUUAGUGUGCGUGCGCCUCGGAGUAUCCCUUUUCCAGCAUCUGUGGAGCUCCUGGAGGCAGGAUGAUGAAUAUGCGCAUGCCACGGAAGAGCCAGCCUUGAGUGAAGCGUCUGAGCAGCCAGAGCCAGAAGAUGAUGAGUGUGACGAUGGCCCGUCACAAGUCGAUGGUUGCCGCUGUGAUGCCACGGAUGAGGUAGAUCGCGACCCCGAGGCAGCGAGUAGCACAGAUGAUCAGGGAUUCAUGCGAGGGCAGCCGGGCCCAGCUGGACCAAGGUCUUAUGAGCCCGAGCCGCUAGAUGGAGACUUCACGGAUGUGCAGAAUGUGCCAGCAGCUGUGAUCGGAGACCUUGAUGAUGAUCUUGAAGCUAAUGCUCAUGAUGCGCCUCAGGGGCAGGCCGAGCUAGCAGUGCAAGACUUAGUGCAUGUGGACCCGCACAUGUCAUGGUUUGUUGCACCGAUUGCAGGCCGCCGUGUGCAUAUCUUCAGGACGUGCCAAGGGCUGAUGAAUGCGUCAAGGGUGAUCCGCAUCACCGAACGUGAACGAGAAAUGCAAUGGCCGUACCGCAAUUUCCCUGUGUGCUUCUACUGCCGCCACCGUGCGCAGGCCCAGAUGCGACGCGAGAGAGAUCCGCCAAGGAUCUACGAGAUCGGCUGA